AUGAAUAAGUAUGAUUUUUAAAUGGAUAAUUAAGUUAGAGUAUAAAUGAAUUCAAUGCAAUUCAAUGAUAGAAGUUGUUUUAAUGAAUAUUUUUAAGCUGAAAUUACUCUUUAAAAUAAAAUAUUUUAGAAUAAAUAAUUUAUCUCUUCUUAAGAAAUUGAUAGAAGCUGUUAUUAACCGAUAGGAUAAGUGAAACAAGUUGGGAAAUUAGACUCUAAAUAAAAAUAAGAAGAGCAUGAAUAAGAGCAAUUACAUGGCUAAUAAACAUGUUUUUUAACUCCUAAAAAAGAAGUAUUUAAGAUUAAUAAACUUCAAAAUUAAGUAGAAGUAGAAAUUAAAUAACUGUUUACCAAUGACCAUGAUGAGAAGUUUACAAUUUAUCAAAUAUUUUCUUGUUAUUCUGAAAAGGGAAAAGAAAAAUAAUUUUAAAGCACAGUCAAACCUAGGAAAGGAUAAAAUAAUAAUUUAAAUAAAAUAAUUGAAUUAAGAGAUAAUGAUAUUUUAUAAAAUGAGUUGUAUAAUGUAGAUCAAUAUUUUAAUUUUGAAACACCAAAAAAGUUUUAAUAGGAAUUUCUAGAUGAAGAUAACUUGAACUAAGAGUUAAUAUAAUGUCAAUAAAAUAACCAUAGAAUUUCUAAAGUUGAAUAGAAUGAAAUAAGAUAAAUCUUUGAAUAGUAAAAUAAAAUUUUAAUCAAUUAAAUAGCUGAAGUAAAUGAAGAAGAAAAUGGUUCAAAGACAACUGUGAAAAAGAUUUAUAAAUUAGAUCAAGUUGGUGAAGAUUACACUUUAGAGAAAAAAGUCGUUUAAAAUAGAAUAUUCUACAAAAAAAACUAGUCACAUCCACAGUCAAGCACAACAAAUUUCUUUAAAAAUUCAAAUGAAUCAAUGUUAAAUCAGAGCACUAAAAAACAUAGAUUAGAUAUUAUUAACAAAAAAAUCAAAAAGAAACUAGAUUUUUAAAAAAAUCAAGAUAUCAAAUCUUACAAAAGAGGACCUUACUAAUCUUACAGUGAAAAGCUGAAAAAAAAGGCUAUAAAUGACUACUUUAGGUUGAAGGAUAUUAAACUGGCUGCUCAAAUUAAUUAAGUAAAAACAAAGAAUUUAAAAAGAUGGAUAGCUGUUGGUUACAAAAGAAAAGAAGGUGGAGGAAGAAAAAAAGAAGAUCCAUAAAUGGAAGAUUAAGUUUAUAAGUGGCUUAAGGACAAGUAUUAUAAUGAAUAGGCUUAUGUAUCGCGAAAUUAAAUUAGAGAGAAGGCACUGGAAUUAUCUAACAAAAAAGAUAAAUUUAAAGCAUCAAAAGGUUGGCUAGAAAAGUUUUUUGCUAGAUACAACUGCAAGUUUAUGUGCAAAAAAGAAGCAAUUAGUGAUAAAUAAAACGAAUAAAAGUAAGAAUGA